AUAAUAUUCAAUAAAAUUGAUACGAAAACAGAAGAUAUUGUUGUUACGAUGGUUUGUUUAUUGACUUUGAAUAAUCAAUCAUAUAUAUGUAUAUUAUUAAAACAAAAUCUUUUUUUUUCUUUUGUCAAUAAUCUAGGUCGAUUGUCUUAGUCGUGUGGGAAUGUUUGAUGAAGCACAACAAAUAAUUAAUGAUUAUGAAAAAUCAAAUUUACCUUCUUUAAUUAUGUAUAUUACAUCUGACGUUGUUUCUGUUUUUUUACUUGUAGCAGCGAUGUUAUCAGGUGCUCGUAAUCAUCGUCAUGUUGCUCUUUCACAAAAAUUGUACGAUCGAAUGAAAUAUUUAUUUCCUGAUAAAAAAUCCGAUAUGAUUUCUGCUUCGAUUCUCUUAUCUAAUAUUUAUGCAUCAUUAGGAGAUGAUAAACUAGUUCAAGAAAUACGAGAAAAUCGAAUCAAAGAAUUCGGUAACAAAGUUAAAGCUGCAUUCUCAUGGACAGAAGUUAAUGGUCAACUUGUGGGAUUCAAAGCUCAUGAUCGUUCUCAUCCUCAAUCAGAUGAAAUUUAUGCUGAACUUAAUCGUCUAUCAAAUGAACUAAAAGAAUAUGGUCAUGAAUAUGAUUCAAGUUGGAUUACUCGUCCACUUGAAUAUGGUGAAACAAUUGAAUCAGUAUUGUGUGGUCAUAGUGAAAAACUUGCUAUCGCAUUUAAUUUUAUUCAACAUCGUCAACCAUCAUUAAUUCAAAUUACAAAAAAUCUUCGUGUCUGUGGAGAUUGUCAUAGUGCAACGAAACUAAUUGCUAAAAUUCGACAAUGUCAAAUAAUAAUACGUGAUGCCAAUCGUAUUCAUCAUUUUCAUAUGAAUGGUUUAUGUUCUUGUCAAGAUCAUUUUUAA